GAUCCCGAGCGCCGGUCGGACCUGGAGCGUCAGUCGGCCGGACCGCGGAGCCGUGUGCACGGAUCCAGUCGUCCGCUCGCUGCCCGGGAGUCGCGCAGCUUCCCUGGCGGAGGCGGAAGCCCGAAGAGCGCCGUCCUUGGGCCCUGUCGGCGCUGAGGCCUCUUCUCCGCGCGCCUCCUCGCUCGGCCGGGACGCCGCUGUGGAGGCGUGAGGCGGCGGCGGCCGAGCGCCUGGAGCGGCGGUAGCCCGCGGCCUGCGCUUCUCCUCCUCCUCCUCUUUCGCCGCCCUCCCACCCGAGCUGCGGCGGGGCUCGGCCGCCUCGGCGCUUCUGCACGAACAAAGGAGGGCCCCCGCGGCGCCGGCGCGGCUCCGCCCGCGGUCCGACCCGCUCCGGCCGGCGGCGGCCGCUAGCCCUUUUCCCGGAGGCCUCAGCCCGGCCCACCGCCCGGCGUCGCGCGCCAGCUCGCUAGUGCAUCCGGGCCCCGCAGGCAGAAAAAUAUGGCUCAGGAGACUAACCAGACCCCAGGGCCCAUGCUGUGUAGUACAGGAUGUGGCUUUUAUGGGAAUCCUAGGACAAAUGGAAUGUGUUCUGUUUGCUACAAAGAACAUCUUCAGAGACAGCAGAAUAGUGGCAGAAUGAGUCCAAUGGGUACAGCUAGUGGUUCCAACAGCCCUACCUCAGAUUCUGCAUCUGUACAGAGAGCAGAUGCUAGUUUAAACAACUGUGAAGGUGCUGCUGGCAGCACAUCUGAAAAAUCCAGAAAUGUGCCUGUGGCUGCCUUGCCUGUAACUCAACAAAUGACAGAAAUGAGCAUUUCAAGAGAGGACAAAAUAACUACCCCGAAAGCAGAGGUGUCAGAGCCAGUUGUCACUCAGCCCAGUCCAUCAGUUUCUCAGCCCAGUACUUCUCAAAGUGAAGAAAAAGCUCCUGAGUUGCCCAAACCAAAGAAGAACAGAUGUUUUAUGUGUAGAAAGAAAGUUGGCCUUACAGGGUUUGACUGCCGAUGUGGAAAUUUGUUUUGUGGACUUCACCGUUACUCUGACAAGCACAACUGUCCAUAUGAUUACAAAGCAGAAGCUGCAGCAAAAAUCAGAAAAGAGAAUCCUGUUGUUGUGGCGGAAAAAAUCCAGAGAAUAUAAAAUUACUACAUGUGAAGAGACUGAAACUUUGUUUUUAUUUUAAUAUAUCGUAGGAAAACAUUAAAGAGCAGAUGCAUGGCCAUUUUCCUUUGAUGUUCUCCAGAGUUUUGCUUUAUAUUUGUCUGUCUUAUAAUUGAUAUUUUAGGAUGUUUGGGUGUUUGUUACAGGCAGAAUUGGAUAGAUACAGCCCUACAAAUGUAUAUGCCCUCCCCUCAGUAAAAUUGGACAAAAAUCUGCACAGCAAAUUGAAAUACACAGAUAAUAGGAACAAAAUUUAGUUCCACGUGCCAAACUAAAUGAAUGAAAUCUCUGCAUGUUUGCAGCAUAUCUGCCUUUUGGGAAUGUAAUCAAGGUUUAAUCUUUGGCUAAUGUUAUGUGCCUGUACUUAAAAAAAAAUGGUACACCAGAAAAGGACUGGCAGUCUACUACCAUAGUCAAACUUCACCUUAAUUUCAACAUGACUUUUGGAAGCAGGAAGAAAGCUACAAAACCAUUAUUUGGUGUCAUGUUUAAGCCUGGUUAAAUUGGUUCUCUAAAAGUUGUCAAUUAGGACAUUCUGCGAAAGGUAACACCACAACUGGUUCUAAGUAAAACCAUCAAGUCAACAACAGGGUUCCUGAGAUAAUCUUUGAAGCUUGUUGUGCUGGCCUGCACCAGAAGAGAUCUGCAUUCUCAUUACUAAAAUUGUAGCACAGAACUGCACUAGGAUUUGUUUACAAGAAGAAAUUAAACUCUACGUUUGGUUUUCACAUACAGCAGCUCUGUUAAGUAACAUGCAUCUGAAUUUUAAGUUGCAAAGGUAUCUGAACAGUUCAUUUUUCAUGUGCAUCUUUUGUUGAAUGUUUGGUUCAAGAAAGAAUGUUUAAAGCUUUUUAAAGACUUCAGUUCUUAAUGUAACUGUACCCUUCUGCAUGGAAAAUCAUAACCAACAUGGCUGCAGUAGACUUCUUUAGUGGUAUCCAGCACCACUUGCAGAGGGCUGCUUUAUCAUAUUGUAUUUGGGUGUAGGACUCUAGUGUUCUUGGGUGUAUUGCAUGGGCUGCAUUAUCUACAGCAUUGUACUAUAACAACUAGAAAAGGCAGUAUACUUCACUGAUGCUUGUCUGGUAAUAUCACUUCUGUGUUAUAAUGGAAGGUUUUUUGUGAUGUAUGAAACUUGUGUUUUGUUUUGUUUUUUUAUAUAUAAAUGAGUAUGGUUAGAUUAGUGUUGUGGUAAUGCCUGUUUUCAUCUGUAAAUAGUUAAGUAUGUACACAGGGCACUACUUCUGAUUUAUUGCAGUGUUCAGUCCUAGUUUCUCUUCAUUAAAACAUUCAGUUUUGCUUCAAUUUUAUGUACCUUAGUCCUGAGUUAGAUUUGCAGAUGUGUACAGAUAGUUCAUAUUUAUGUAUUGCACAUAAUCAUGCUAUUCAGCAUUGAUGCUAUAUUGUAUUAUGUAAAUAAUAAAAACAGUGUACAGAGGGAAAGUUCUUGUUUAUUGGGUUUUAAACAGGGAAAAUAGGAAAGUUUUCAUAUUCAGCUUUAUAGUUGGUUUCACAUAGAUCUAUAUUGCAAAUUUGUUUUCCAUGAUUCUUGAGCUCAGUCAUGUGAGUACCAUGAAACUUUCUCCAAUGGUGCACAUGCUAGGCAAAUUUUGAAGAGCUCAGU